AUGGGGGACGUUAAGUGUGAGAACCAUGAGAAUUGGGAGAGAUGGGGGGACGUUAAGUGUGAGAACCAUGAGAAUUGGGAGAGAUGGGGGGACGUUAAGUGUGAGAACCAUGAGAAUUGGGAGAGAUGGGGGGACGUUAAGUGUGAGAACCAUGAGAAUUGGGAGAGAUGGGGGGACGUUAAGUGUGAGAACCAUGAGAAUUGGGAGAGAUGGGGGGACGUUAAGUGUGAGAACCAUGAGAAUUGGGAGAGAUGGGGGGACGUUAAGUGUGAGAACCAUGAGAAUUGGGAGAGAUGGGGGGACGUUAAGUGUGAGAACCAUGAGAAUUGGGAGAGAUGGGGGGACGUUAAGUGUGAGAACCAUGAGAAUUGGGAGAGAUGGGGGGACGUUAAGUGUGAGAACCAUGAGAAUUGGGAGAGAUGGGGGGACGUUAAGUGUGAGAACCAUGAGAAUUGGGAGAGAUGGGGGGACGUUAAGUGUGAGAACCAUGAGAAUUGGGAGAGAUGGGGGACGUUAAGUGUGAGAACCAUGAGAAUUGGGAGAGAUUGGGGACGUUAA